GUUGAGUCUCAUAGCAAUGCGGAGGAGUUCGGGAGAGCGCGGGGAAGCGCGGGGUCUGCGCCCACUCAUUGCCCGCCGCACCUUGCCGCCCGCGGACCGCCAGUCAGCAACUGUGACUCGUGUUGGCUGAACCAUCCGUAGGGCCAUCUUCUUUUUCUUGCCGUAGGACACUCAAACAACAAAUACAAAAUGGCGGAUGAUGAAAAAAAGCGUCUCGAGGAGGCGAAGAAGGCCAAACAGGCCGAAAUCGACCGCAAGCGUGCUGAGGUGCGCAAGCGCAUGGAGGAAGCCUCCAAGGCCAAGAAGGCGAAGAAAGGUUUCAUGACCCCCGAGAGAAAGAAGAAGCUUAGGUUGCUCCUGCGUAAAAAAGCCGCUGAAGAAUUAAAGAAAGAACAGGAACGCAAAGCAGCAGAGAGAAGGCGCAUCAUUGAAGAAAGGUGCGGUAAACCCAAGAACGUUGACGAUGCAAACGAAGCGGCUCUCACGAGCAUCAUUACCGGUUAUCAUCAGCGUAUCGCGAAGCUCGAAGAGGAGAAGUACGACCACGAGAUGGAAGUGGCUCGCAGAGAUCUCGAGAUCUCUGACCUGAACUCCCAAGUCAAUGACCUCAGAGGAAAAUUCGUCAAACCAACACUCAAGAAGGUGUCCAAAUACGAGAACAAAUUCGCUAAGCUCCAAAAGAAGGCAGCCGAAUUCAACUUCCGUAACCAGUUGAAGGUUGUCAAAAAGAAGGAAUUCACCCUCGAAGAAGAAGACAAAGAGGGCGGUGCCGGUGCCAAGAAAAAACCAGACUGGUCCAAGGGCAAGCCAGGAGACCAGAAGGAGGGCGAAGGCGCUCCAGCAGCCCCAGCUGCAGCUGGUGCACCUGCUGCGGCUGGUGCUCCAGCUGCUCCAGCUGCUGCUCCUGCACCAGCGCCUGCGGCACCACCAGUUAAAGCAUAAGCAUAAGGUAACGUCAAGAUGUCACAUUCGCAUCAUCUUACGACCGCGAGUUCAGGAACUUUAUUUCGUACAAAUAUUUUAACACGUUAAUUAUAAUUGUUAAUUUUAUUAUAAAAUAUACCAUUCGUUUAUAAUACAUAAA